AUGGGCCUGGCCAGCCCUCGGCGGCGGGGACCUGUGUCCAGGCCUCACGACGACCAGCCGAGCCACUCGGGGAAGACGGUGUUCAAAGGCCUGGGCCACUGCCAGAGCCCGGACCUGCGCCCCGCGGCGCCGCAGGCUGUGCACAGCGCCCCCAGGCCUCCGCGGCGGCCCCCGCCCCACCGGCCCGCGUGUCUGGUCCUCUUCCACACGCGACUGGGGUCCCACGCGCUCUGCCUCGCGGGCUCCUGUCCUCCCGGGCCCCUGCUGCAGGGCCAGGACGGCACGGCCAUCUGCCGCGUCCACUCCGCCGCGCGUCGGUCCCCGCAGAGCUGUCUGGCCACACCGCUGCUCUGUGUGCAGGUGCAGGCCGCUGGGCCGCUGGUGGACACCCGGGCCCCACGGAUGCCCAGCCACCUCCACCUGAGACUCAGGAGGCUGAAGGACAUCUACUGGCUGGCCCAGUGUCUCUACCUGACCGCGCAGUACCACCGGGCGGCUCACGCGCUCCGCUCGCGCAGGCUCGACAAACUGUACGAAGCCUGCCGCUACCUCGCCGCCCGAUGCCACUAUGCCGCCAAGGAGCACCAGCAGGCCCUGGACAUCCUGGACAUGGAGGAGCCCAUCAACAAGCGGCUGUUCGAGAAGCGCGUGAGGGACGACAGCGGCCCCAAGGAGCCGCGCGCCGACUGGGAGGUGUCGCCGUCCUCGAUCCAGAGCUCCAUCUGCCUCCUGCGGGGGAAGAUCUACGACGCACUGGACAACAGGGCCCUCGCCGCCUGCAGCUACAAGGAGGCGCUCAGGCUGGACGUGUGCUGCUUCGAGGCCUUUGACCUUCUGACGUCGCACCACAUGCUGACGGCCCAGGAAGAGAAGGAGCUGCUGGAGUCGCUGCCUCUCAGCAAGCUCUGCGCCGAAGAGCAGGAGCUGCUGCGCUUUCUCUUCGAGAACAAGUUGAAGAAGUACAACAAGCCGAGCGAGACGGUCGCCCCCGAGGCUGCCGACGGCCUGCAGGAGAACCUGGACGUGGCGGUGUCCCUGGCCGAGCGGCAUUACUACAACUGCGACUUCAAGACCUGCUACAAGCUCACGUCCGUGUAAGUGCCGGCGGCCGCGGGGCCCUCGGGCUGGCGCG